AAACAUAUCCAAAUCUGUCAAAGAAAACAUCCCCCCACCAAAAAUGAGUCUCUCUCUAGAAAUCAAUUCCUCUCAACUUUAUGUCAUUACUCCAACUGCUUCUUGUGCAGUAUUCAAACCUCAAGAUCAAGAUCCCCUCACGCCAACCACCAAAUCCAGCCUCUUUACUUCUGGGAGAUCCUCAAUCUUUACAACCCUUUCAAGUCAACAGAGAGGCCAUUUCAAGAGAAGAAAACCAAAAGGAUACAGAGAGAAAGCCUUUAUUCCUUCCUUCUCUAGAGGCUCCUCAAUCCAGUUUGCUCUGUAUCCCAUCUUCUUUGCUGUCAAUGGCCAAUUUAAGACCUGGAAACCUCCACCUGUGCUCCUUGUCAGCUACCUGCAUCAAACAAGACCUGGAUUGGCUCUUUCAUCCAGGCAACCAAGAGAUAUCCCCAUUUAUGAGAUGGGAUCCUUCCCCAUCGAGCCACCCAUUGGCAAUUUGCAGGGGUGGAAGAGGAUACUCAGGGUAUUCUCAGGGUCAGAUCAAAUCAAACCCAGGGGAUUUAAUUUGGAGGAGAUAGCUACUGCUACAUACCCCUCAACCCAAACCCUCUAUUUAACCUCUCCUCUCCUAAGUCAGAUUCACCAAAUUACUCAAACUACCUGGAUCCUUGAAGGUUUUAUCCCUUGCACACAACCUUCCUUCCCCAAAAAUUCUCUUUCCUCUGUUGCUGCAGCCAUGGAAAUCACCCGGAUGAAUGAGCAAGCAGGAAAAGGCCACCUGGUCCUCAAUUUUCUACCUGAAGGUGCUGGGGAGAGAGGAGAGGAGAACUCUGUCUUGAUCGGAAAAUGGCUCACCGACAACAACAUCUCGGUGGGAAAGGCGUGCAAUGCUGCCCAGAACAAAUGGGGAAGCUAUGGAGAAGUUACAAUCAGGAGAGAGGCAAAAAACCUCUUCAUCUACACUUUCCCCUCAGUAGCUGGGAGAGAUGCUGUAUGGGAUUCUCGCCCCUGGAGUCUAUCCAACACCCUGCUAGCUCUACUGAAGUGGGAUGGAGAAACCAAGCCCAUUGAAGCUGAAUUUCCAUCCAUCACCCUCUGGAUCCAGUUUCAUGACCUGCCUGAAGUUCUCAGAGAUGAGAAAUCCAUCCAGACUGUUGCUGAAUUUGUUUUCCCCAAAUUCCACCGAGUGGAUUCCUCAAGGCUGGAAGCACAUGGGUGGAUGAAAUUCUUUCGUGUCCUGGUGGAGGUUGACCUCCAAGAACCUGUCCCAAUAGGUUUUGAAUACCCGUUGGGGAAAAAAUCUGUCUGGGUAAGCAUCAACUAUGAACGGGUCACAGAUCUCUGCUACUUUUGUGGCAAGAUCGGACAUCAGAUGUACGCCUGCCAAACAAGAGAGGAGUGCAGGACGAAGGGGCUUAGCACCGAGCCAUCGGGAAUCUACUCUGCAGCACUGAAAGCUGGAUACCAAUCGCCGGCAGCCACUCCUCCGGCCUCUUUUUCCCACAAAAUCCGAGGAGAGUGCUCUGGUGGACCUGUUCGUCUCUCUCCUGACCACCUUGGGAGUGCUGCCCCAACGGCUCUUCUCACCGCUGCAGGGGAACAUACCCCAGAAGGGCAACAAAAUUUUGGAGGAGAUCUCUCUCUGGGUCAGAGGUCCAUUACGGACACUGACAUCUUUCCCCAUUCGUUAUCUGCUUUUCAGAAGAAAGCAUGUUCACCCAGAAGACUUGAAGAAGACCUGGAAGAGGUGGCGGCGGCGGUUCAGUUCUCCCUGGACUUGAACGUGGGGAGCGGUCCUAGGGGAGAAACUCAAGUGGGCCAGGGCAGUUUGGGUGGGCUUCCUUUCUCAAACACAACAGGCCCUGUUGGAGGAAUGGGCCAGUUCUACUCUAAUUUGAGUCCAUUGAGUGAACAAGUAGGCCAGCAACUGUCCAUUGUUCAGGAGGCUCAACUGAACUAUGAGCGGGCCCUGGGAAGGGCAGAAAAGAAGAGGAAGCCUGUCUGGCUCCUUGAUCUGGAAAAAAGCCCACAGGCAGAAUUCAGCCCACCGGAGCUCACAAAGCCACUGAUCUUCAACCCAGGAUUGGAGUCUCUGCCGUUGGGUGAUCAGAGAAGGAGGAUUGGGAUUAAAAAAAGAAUGUUAACUGAUUUUUCUUCUGAGUUGCAGAAAACAGGGGAGCAUGGGUCCUCGUCACAGGCAUCGGUGGAGCGCCUUAAGCCACCAAAUGAAGAAUGAGAAUUAUUAGUUGGAAUUGUAGGGGGUUUGGCCAACCCCUUACAAGAAGCUAUUGCAGCAGAUUUUGCAGGAAUCUAGGCCCAUCUAUACUCUUCCUUAUGGAAACCAAAAAUGAUGAAGAAUUCAUGGAGGAGAAGAGGAAGCAGAUGAAGUUCUCUUUUUCGGAAUAUGUUAAUCCUAA